CGAGUGGGACACUUGAGUAAUGUCAUCGAUCAGUAUAUAAGCACAAGUCCAUCUCUAUCCAAAUAUCAUUCGCAAAACAGCAGUUUGCAAAGCAAUAUCAACUUCUUUCAAAUCAUCAACCAACCAAACCAAACAAAUAUCAAAAAUGAACGCCAUCAUGAAAAUCACAUUAGCCGCCGUCGCCGUGUUCGCUUCCACCAUGAUGACCGCUUCUGCCAAACCUGCUGGACUUGUGCCAGCCGCCGCCGUCGCUCCAGUGGCAGUAGCCGCUCCGUACGCUAGCUCGUUCACUUCGCACAGCGUUGCCCACAGUGUGGCCACUCCAGUCGUGCCAGCUGCUGCUCCAGUCGUGGCCGCCGCUCCAUACGUCGCAACGCCUUACGCAGCCGCCCCAUACGUCGCUGCAGCACCUUACGCAGCCUCCCCUUACGUCGCGGCACCCUACGCGGCUUCCCCUUACGGUUACUACCCCUACGGAGUUCCGGCUUACCUGUAAAGGAGCUGUCUCGACGACCACCACAAAGCAAUCGACACGAUUACGAACAACAAACGGCCGCAACGAUGAGAUCACAAACAACGCUACACCGAUUCUUAUCAAAUUUUUACCUAUUAUUUAGAUCGCAUUGUAAUAACGCAAUAUCAUACGAUUGAUAUAGUUUUAUUAUAUAAUUCUUAAAAACUCUGUAAACGUCACCGCAAUACGAAGACAAUGCGUAUCGCGACUGUAAACGCAAAAUGUAAUAUAAUACACACGAAUAUAAUGAAAAAUUAUUUAAAUUUAAUCAUUGUAAUAUAAUAUGUUUACGACCCACUACAGUGGCGUAAAACGUUUUAACAAUAUAUAUAAAUGUAUAUAAAUUAUACAAUAUCAUUAUAAUAAUAAACGUUCAGGAGAAAAAAAAAA